AUGCGCAGUUAACCGGCGGGCAGUGAGACCACGCGGAACGUGCUGUGUGUUGGCUGUCUCGCGCUGGAGCCGUUGGUGCUCUCCGUUCUCACCGGAGAUUAAAGCAGUUGAUUGGGAGGUUAACGUCUGACCGUGUCGCUGAGUGACUCUCAACAUAUCACCCGACAAAUUCGCUUUUUUGGGGGGUUUUUUAUAUUUUUUUCCUUUACGUUAUGUGGUUAUAAUGAGGUGAGGAUGGCUAAACGACCGGGGACUGACGACGGGAUGUUGACUUCGCCGACCAUUCUCCGGGAUUUCGCCGCCGAUGUGAACGCCGGGGACGUGAACAUGGACUGCGGCGACGGAGCCGUUGGGGUCUCCCUGGAAGAAAUCCUGAAACUGUACAGCCAGCCGAUAAACGAGGAGCAGGCGUGGGCCGUGUGUUAUCAGUGUUGUCGGACUUUAGCGCAGAAACAUAGGAGGAAAAGCUCCAAGUCCGCCGGUGCUUCGGCUGUCGACUAUCCGAGGAGGAUUGAGGGACCCGCGGAUGUGAUGAUGUGGAGAGACGGGACUGUCAAACUGCACUUUGAAGGCAGCACAGAAAAAUAUGGAUCAGCCCCUACGUCAUUAGAGGUUAUUGACUCACUGGGUGUCAUGAUCUACAAAGCUCUGGACUACGGCCUCAAAGAAAACGAGGAGCGUGAACUCAGCCCGCCUCUGGAGCGCCUCAUCGACAUGAUGACCAACACCGAAGAAACUGAGAGCGACCCUUGUCCCGACGAAGGCUACGAAGCCACGGAGGAGGAGGAUGAGUGUGAGGAGGAAGAAGAGGAGGAAGAGGAACCUGUCCCCGCUACCACCAGCUCAGUCAGCAGCAUUCGCAGCUAUCGAGAUGUCAUCACGCUAUGUUCUUCCCACCUGCCCAGCCCAUCAGACGCCCCCAACCAUUACAAAGCCGUGUGUCGUGCUCUCUAUGCCGAGACCAGGGAACUACGCACCUUUCUGGAGAAGAUCAAGAGUGCGAAGGAGAACCUUCGGAAAAUGGAAGGUGACACUCGGGAACCUGUGAAAGACCUCGAUGAGCUGCAAAAUUCAGAUUGGGCGCGGUUCUGGGUGCAGGUGAUGCGAGAUCUACGGGAUGGUGUUAAGUUGAAGAAGGUUCAGGAGCGUCAGUACAACCCGCUGCCCAUUGAAUACCAACUUACACCAUAUGAAAUGCUGAUGGACGACAUCCGCUCCAAACGCUACAAACUACGAAAAGUCAUGGUGAAUGGGAACAUCCCACCAAAGUUAAAGAAGAGUGCUCACGAGAUCAUUCUUGAAUUCAUCAGGUCGCGACCACCUCUCAACCCUGUCUCAGCCCGUAAACUGAAACCCCACCCGCCACGUCCCCGGAGUCUCCACGAGCGACUGCUGGAAGACAUCAAAGCUGAAAGGAAGCUCAGGCCCGUCUCACCAGACAUGAUCCGCAGAAGCCGCCUAGUCAUGCGACCUCUUAGCAUGUCUUACAGUUUUGACUCAUCAGGUGCAGGGAAAAGCAUCAGCACUCCUCAGGACUUGUUCCGCAGCUCAGACACUCCUGAUGCACCCAGGAAGUUGGCUGUCAGCACCCAGUCUCUGGCCAGUGGCACCAUGGGACCCAAUCAAGGUGGAGCGCAGCCCCUCAGCCAGAGGAAGAGGCUGCUCAGAGCGCCCACGCUGGCUGAGCUCGACAGCUCUGAAUCUGAUGAGGAGGCCACACGGAGCAGCUCCAGUAUGUCCACAUCUUUGAUAGAGGACACGUCACCAGAAUCUGUCAUAGGGAAGAAGGCUCCUCCAAAUUUCCUGCCCGUCUCUGCCACCCCUCAGCCAGAAAAGCGUCAGUCUCCACAGAGGCGGCACUCUAUCGAGAAGGAGGCCCCCACCAGUGUCCACCCCUUUGCACCUCCAUCCAGACAGACCUCCAAGUCUUUGCUGAUUGAGGAGCCCAGUGCCAAGGUGGAAGCUGCCAGUGGUGCUCAGGGCACGGAGGAGUUCUGUUACCCGGUGGAGUGUCUGGCUCUGACGGUGGAGGAGGUGAUGCACAUCAGGCAGGUUCUGGUCAAGGCCGAGCUGGAGAAGUUUCAGCAGUACAAAGACAUCUACACAGCCCUCAAGAAAGGAAAGCUUUGUUUUUCGUGUCGGACCAAGAGGUUCUCUCUCUUUACCUGGUCCUACACCUGCCAGUUCUGCAAAAGGCCUGUGUGUUCGCAGUGCUCUAAAAAGAUGCGGCUGCCGUCUAAGCCCUACUCCACAUUGCCCAUCUAUUCUUUGGGCCCCAGUGCUGCGGCUAAAGAAGAGGCGAGUGGAGCGUCUGCCCCUGCUGAACCAGAGAAGCACCCGUUUGGGUCCGGACAUAGCCGACACAGCCUACGCAGAAGUGUUUACAAGUUGUCUAAGCACAGUAGUAGCAGUAAAGAAGGCCGCUCACAGGAUGAGCCAGAGCUGCCCAAAGAGCUUACUGAGGACUGGGUCACCAUGGAGAUCUGUGUAGACUGCAAAAAGUUCAUCACGGAGAUCAUCUCCUCCAGCAAGCGCAGCCUGUGCGUGGCUACCAAGCGCGCCCGCCUCAAUCGCAAAACCCAAUCCUUCUACAUGUCCUCAUCUAACUCUGUCAACUUCAGGCCCUCUGAGCGCACCAUCAAUGAGGUGUAGAACGUAGAACUGCCUUGUCGUCCACGCUUCCUUUAGAGCUUAGUCGUUCAAUGGGAAAAAAAAAAUCCCCUCUUAGUCUCGUUUUGACACGAACUGGUUCACUGUGAAGAUGAAGCCAGGCCCAUCCCAAAGUUAGAAAGGGGUUCUUAUAUCUUACCCCCCCCGUCUCAGGAAAAGUUGGCAUGCUAUGAUUGGUCAUGACUGGUCAGGACUCGAGAGUAGUUGCCAGAUAACAAAGGAAAGCCAUGUUUCUAUGAGUCAAUGAUAAUUCAGGAUACGCUCGGUAAAAUGAACAAAUUAAGCUGCUGAUGUCACUGUUGCGAGCCAGGUAGGAGAAUGUAUAUGUGACAAGAAGAGCGGGAUCGGAUGACAGAAAGCCAAAAGCUGCGGUGAUGGCGUGUAAAUAGUAAAAAGGCCCAUCCCCAAUCUUAGCUAUCAAUACAUUUUCCAGUUCCUGUUUACUUCUAGCACUCAGGAAGAACAACAGAUUGUCGUUGUGACAGAAAUGCACUGUAGAUCCUGCUAUCGGGUCUGUUGGGGUAGAUCUCUGCCACUCCCCUGCCCCCCUCUUUUUCUUCCAGCAACAAUUAUGCCAAAUGUUACAUGUUUUUUUUUUUUUUCUUUUCUUUUUUUUAGCCAGUUUAAAUGUAUAUAAUACUGUUCUCUUAUGUUAUAGGGAUGACACAUUGAGGGGUGAGAAUGGCCAGAUUAUUUCUCUGGGUGGGUUUUAGCUAUUAGUUGUAUAUUCAAUUCUGUGCCUGGUGCCAAAAUGUAAUUUCUUUCUUUGAAUGCCUUUGUAGUUACGGACCUAUUGUACAUAUGUGUGAUAAACUCAAUGGGAGACAUUUUAGGGUAAUCCAAGGUUUGGUUUCUUGCCCUUCCAUGUUCCAAGAUGGGCAAUAGAAGCACAGAAAUGUUGGGUUACAAAUGUGUACAUGUUGUAUAUCUUAAUUGUUCCAAAUUUAAUAUAAAAAAUCCUAACUAAGUAGAAGUAUAAUUUUACCAUGUUUUAAGAUUUCUGCCUCUGGAGUUUAUUUGAAAUUCAUCUCUGAAAACUUUAUUGUUAGUGUUAUUUGAAUUUAAUAUUAAGAUUUUAUUUCUAUUGUAUAGUUUAUGAACUCAGUGUUAAAAUACUCCUAAAUCACAAAUCGCACUUUUAUUGGACCAAUUUAUUGUUUAUGUUGGGUUUUUGUCUUAAUUAAUAAUAAUUGUCUGUUUAAUAAUAUAAGUCUUCGUUUGUCAGCUCUCGGGGGGGUCUAUAGUGCCAUUUCCCAGGGUUCCUCGUGAAUGAAAGUGUGUUUGAAUGGCUGCUGGUUGUUUGUUAAAAUGCAAUAAUGGCCAAAACAAAACACUCCAUUGAAUUGAAUGUAGGCAUUUUAACAUGUGGAACUGUCAUUGAAUAUGCUUUAUGAACUUUUAUUCCUGUUCAAAAGACACACACACACACACACACACCAAGUGAACACAAAGCCUAACCAGCCUGUUAAAUACUGAUGCCAUGUUCCAGUGAAACCAUACAUAUGACCAGUUUAAUUUUGUCCUCCUGUAAGGAAUGUAUGCAUGCUGUGCUAUGAUCUGUUUGUUUUUAUCAAAGGAAUUAUAAUAAAAUCAUCAUGAUUCUUAAA